UUGAUCUGUCCCUUUCACAAAAGCCCCGAUUCCGAACAUCCCCGAGGCAGGGAGAGAGAGAUAUGCAAACAAAUUCCAUUGCAAGGCUCUGCAUCGUCGUGUUCGUGUCGUUGUUGGUCUCAUCGUUCGUUGCUUCGAUCGUCAUGGCGGAAUCCACCGAAUCUCAACCACCGCAACCGAAGGUUCACAUCGUCUACACCGAGAGGCCCACUGAUGAAGAGCCCGAGUCCUAUCAUGUCCGAACCCUUACUUCCGUUCUCGGCAGCGAGGAUGCUGCAAAGGAGGCACUGAUUUACAGCUACAAGGAGGCUGCUUCUGGAUUCUCUGCUAAGCUCACACCUGAGCAAGUCACCGAGAUCUCCAAACAGCCAGGGGUUCUUCAGGUUGUGCCAAGCCAGACCUACCGUCUCCAUGCUGGGGGAGGCAUGUCAUUGAACUGAUUAAUAUUGUCUAUGGAACUGCUUAUGCAUGUCUCCUUCAUAAGCUGGUCUGUCUUAAUGAUGUUGUGACUUUCUACUCUAAAUAAAUGUGCCCAUGUUGGUUUGACGAAUUUAUUUACUACCGUGAUUGAUUUUAAGUAUCUGGGUUUUAAUUUCUUUCA